AUAGCCCCGAGCGCAAUGCUGCUGCAAUUUUGAAACAAAUACUAUUUACAAUUGUGUAAAUAUUGGAAACAUGACCCGGGCUCAUUGCAGAAUCAAUACGUUAGUUUGUGAUAGUAAUUUGGCUGGUUUGAGAAACGCCGAUCGUUGACUAAUGGUCCGGGACCUCUCUUCGCCGAUGGUGGAGCAGCUAGCUGGAUACGAAAACAGCGUCAACUCCGUGUUCAGUCAACUCCGUGAGCAAGGGACAGCCUUUCCAAGCCUUCUGUGGUGAAAAGGUUCAGCAACCAAGUGCUGAACUACCCUAUUCGACUUCAACAAUCCUCCUGUUUGACUGAAUUAUGUACCAGGUGCAGCUGGUUGGCGAGCAGCAAGAGAGCCGCCCGCUGCUGAGCCCCUCCAUCGAUGACUUCCUGUCAGAGAGCCGCAUCGAUGGCCCUGUGGUCAGGCCGGUCACCUCCAACACAGCAGUUCUAUCCUCAGCCCUUGACCUGGUGGACCUGAGCGAGCCCAGUGAACGCAGUAGCAGGAAGGUCAGCGUCAGGGAGCGUCCGAGCCCCUUGGGGCCCCGUAAGGGAAAUUCUAAAAACAGCCCACGGAGAGGGAAUAGACGAGAUGAGACAGAGCUCAUCCAGGUGGAGGUGGAGCGCGCAUCGAGCGCUCGCACCCCACGAGCUCCCGAGAGGGUCUCCCUAGAGUCAGUCAGUUCCUCUUCUCCUUUGGAGAAAUGGGAGGAAGUGAAUCUUCACCCUGAAGGUGCCCUGAAUGACAGCAGGAAGAGACGAUACGAAAAUAAGUGCACCUCACACCACUCCUCCAGUGAAUUAAUAUGGUCAGCAGAGUUUAAAACAAAUCCAUCUGUGAAAACCUCAUUUGAAGUCAAUAGCAUUGAUGACGAGGACCACAUAUCAGCACUAAAGGACCCAGGACCCCGACAAGUGCGGCCCAGUCUCCGUCACCUCUUGGGCAGACAUCAUUCCCAGGAGGAAGAGUUUGUAAGGGCAAAGGCUGCUGUAGAGUCGGACACAGAGUUCUGGGAUAAGAUGCAGGCAGAAUGGGAGGAACUGGCUCGCAGGAAUUGGCUCGAGGAAGAAAAUGAAGGCCCGAUACCACCCAGCAGCUCUCCAAUUGAGAAGGGCUACUACUUUCACACCAACAACCCGUACAAAGAGUGGCCCAAUGCUUUUGAGGAAGGGCAGCAGAAGGCCAGAGAUGGAGACCUGAACAAUGCUGUCCUGCUACUGGAGGCGGCCAUUUUGCAGGACCCAUCGGACUCGGAGGCUUGGCAGGUUCUGGGCACCACACAGGCCGAGAAUGAGAAUGAGCAGGCAGCCAUCGUGUCACUCCAGAGGUGUCUAGACCUCCACCACAACAACCUGCCGGCCCUCAUGGCCCUGGCGGUGAGUUUGACCAACACAGGCAUGCAACAGGACGCUUGCAAGGCCCUGCACCGAUGGAUCUGCCACAACCCCCGUUAUAAACACCUACUGCCAGGGAGCCGGAGCCCACUCCUGCAGGGGUCCCCCACCACACCGCGUAGGGGUCGUCCCCAUACGCCAACCUCUUGCAGCCAACUGGCGGAGGUCAAGGGAUUGUAUCAGGAGGCCGUCUUGCUGAAUACAGAUGGGGUGGACCCGGACCUCCAGACAGGCCUUGGGGUCCUGUUCAACCUCAGCUCCGAGUUUGACAAGGCUGUGGAGGCCUUCAAGUCAGCCCUGUCUGUCAGACCUGAGGACUACCUGCUGUGGAACCGCCUGGGGGCCACACUGGCUAAUGGGGACCAUAGUGAGGAGGCAGUGGAGGCAUACACCCGGGCCCUGGAGCUCCAGCCAGGCUUCAUCAGGUCCCGCUACAACCUGGGCAUCAGCUGCAUCAACCUGGGAGCACACAAGGAGGCAGCUAGUAACUUCCUGACUGCCCUUAACCAGCAGAGGCAGAGCCAGAGUCACCAAGUCAUGUCGGCUAACAUCUGGGCUGCCCUUCGGAUCGCCCUCUCCAUGAUGGACCGGCCCGAGCUCUUCCAGGCUGCGAACCUUGGAGACCUGGACCGUCUCAUGAAGGCCUUCGAAAUGGGGCGGGUUAUGUGACCAGGUUUAGCGGGGCUCCUCAGAUAAACAGUUUGCUAAUUGGCUCGAGGGUUGCCAGAUUGGUGACCAAUAAUGGCUUCUGUUAAUGUAAAGCUAAAUUAAUGUCUGACCGAAGAGAGAUGAAUGUUAUUGAAGAUCGGAAAAAGAGGGGGGAUUGUAGAAUAAUGGAGGUGUUCUAGUAUUUGAAAUGCCAUUAUAGUGGGAAUAUUGGAAGACCUGAACCAACUUGGGAAAUAUACACACUCUUUUAAUUUAGACUGGCCUCCAGCAGCUGAAAUUAGGCUCCAAUAACGCAGCCAUAGAUCAAACGUGGUCAUUUAUUCCCCAUUCGUUGUGGUAUGGCACUGUAUACAACUUCUGCUGUGUGGUCAUAUACCAUCUACUUUAAGUGGAUGGGAAGAUUGUUUGUAACCCGUUGAAACGGAUUUGCACCACUGCAAUGGGGUACUACUAUUUAUUUUUAUCCCCGAAGAGCACAACGUUGACUGAGAAAAGGAAAGACAGAGUCUGCUGUAACGUAGAGGAAAAACAAGCCAUGCAUGCCCGGCAAUCACAUUGUGAAAGAACUGAAGCCUUAUACUAAGUGAAAUGAUAUCAAAUGCACAAGUCGUAAUCACUUUUAUAGACAGCAGGUACUGAUGGUCAAAUUGUGUGUAAUAGUAUAGACUAGAGUCCUGUGUAUAGUUUUUUGUCAUUUUGUACAUACCUGUAUUUAUUUGGAAUAUCGCUUCCAUGCAAUGCUCCAAGUACAGUAUGUGAUAUAUGACUGGUUGACAGGUCCGAUAGGCCGGAAAGUAAAUAAGCUCAUUUGGACAUACACACACGUUUGUCGGUACACAGACCGCCUCUGGAUGAACAAUCAUUGUACCAUUUGGGGGGUGUGUUUGUGUGUGGUUGUGUUGUGUGUGUGUGUGUAGCUUGCUUUUAUUUCAACCACUCUACAGCAAUAAGUGUCGUGUUUUUCCACAAUGCCCACUUACUAUUCAAGUAGUAAGUACCCGCACACACCUGCGUGCGACACCUGUUCCAUCUGUUUUUGCAACAUCAGUCACAUGAAAGGAUGUCUGCCUCUCAUCUUUACUCGCAUCUCAGUCGCAACUAGUGACGUUCAAACAGUGCUUUGUGAUCCUGGCUUCAAAGUGUGGCAACAACCGCUGAAAAUGAAUCCCUCUAAAGCAGCCUGUCAUGUUCAAAUGAGAGUGAUUAAGUCAACAGCGAGGAGGAAAAUGCACUCAAAGGACCCGUUAAAACAAGUUAUGCAAGUCACCCGUUCGUUCAUUGGUUUUACGAAUCCGUGUUUGAUGAGAUAUGAUUUCAAGCAUAAGUCAUCUGCUUUUUAAGAAAUUCUGUUUUUGAGGAUAGAUUUUCCAGUUUACUCUUUCUUACCAGAAAAAAAGGUGUGGUGUUUAAAGUGAAUAUUGGUUUACAACUGAAUUGGUAGUGGACAUGUGUGUUGAACGUGCAGUAAAUUCCCUAUGCAAUAUACAGUAUAUUUUAAUAACAUUGACUGUUGUCUCAUAUUUGGUUCAAUUAACCAAACUCAUUGUUUCUUUGGGAGUUUGAACUUCUGUCCACAAGCAAAGGCUAAAGAUUAGUUACAAUUAGUUUUUUAAGCAUAUGUGUUAGUGCCAGGCUGGAACAAAAGCCUGUUCUCUGGAAGUGGAGUUGGAGAACCCUGAUUUACACUAACCAAUUCCCCAUUUCCUUAGAAUUUACUUUGGGUCUUUUUACCUUCUCAGAUUCUCAAUAAGUUGAAUGUUGGCCAUGGAAUUUGAGAAUGUUGGCUUGUGUAAUGUAGUAUAAUAAUAUUUAUUGACAUUGUACAGUACAUACAAAUCAAAUGGCAAAGUUACUAAACAGUUUCCCCACUGUUUCUAUACUGUAAAUACUGUGCACUGUAUAAAUUAAAGUUACAGCCUAAUUCUAAAAUAGAUUAAAUAAAAACAAAAUGCUCAAUCUACACACAAUACCCCAUUUUUACAUUUUAGCAACUGUAUUAAAAAUAAACAGAAAUAACUUAUUUACACAAGUAUUCAGACCCUUUCCUAUGAGACUCAAAAUUGAGCUCAUGUGCAUCCUGUUUCCAUUGAUGAUCCUUGAGAUGUUUCUACAACUUGGAGUCCACCUAAGGAAAAUUCAGUUGAUUAGACAUGAUUUGGAAAGGCAAUCCUGUCUAUAUAAGGUCCCUCAGUUGACAGAGCCAAAACCAAGCGAUGAGGUUUAAGGAAUUUGGGAAGGGUACCAAAAGAAUUCUGCGGCAUUGAAGGUCCCAAAAAAAAAAAAAAACACUGGCCUCCAUCAUUCUUAAAUAGAAUAAGUUUGGAACCACCAAGGCUCUUCCUAGAGCUGGCAGCCCGGUCAAACUGAGUAAUCGGGGAUAAGGGUCUUGGUCAGGGAGGUGACAAAGAACCCGAUGGCCACUCUGACAGAGCACUUGAGUUCCUCUGUGGGGAGAAACUUCGAGGGACAACCAUCUCUGCAGCACUCCACCAAUCAGGCCUUUUUGGUAGUGUCCAGACAGAAGCCACUCCUCAGUAAAAGGCACCUCAGACCUGGGCGAAGGUUCACCUUCCAAAAGGGCAACGACCCUAAGCACACAGCCAAGACAACGCAGGAGGGGCAUCGGAACAAAUCUCUGAAUGUCCUUGAGUGGCCCAGCCAGAGCCUGGGCUUGAACCCGAUCAAACAUCUCUGGAGAGACCUGAAAAUAGCUGUGGGCGGUGCUCCCCAUCCAACCUGACAGAACUUGAGAGGAUCUGCAGAGAAGAAUGGGAGAGACUCCCCAAAUAUAGGUGUGCCAAGCUUAAACCGUCAUACCAAAAAAGACUGCCAAAGCUGCAUCAACAAAAUACUGAGUAAAUUGUCUGAAUACUUAUGUAAAUGUAAUAUUUCUGUAUUUUCUAAAAAAAACAGUUUUUUCUUUGUCGUUAUGGGGUAUUGUGUGUAGAUGGCUGAGAUGAUUAAAAAAAAAAAAAAAAAAAAAAUCAAUUUUAGAAUAAGGCUGUAACGUAACAAAAUGUGGAAAAAGUCAAGGGGUCUGAAUACUUUCUGAAGGCACUGUACAUAAAAAACAAAACCUAUCAAAAAUUGUAUUUACAGGAUAAUACCAAUAUAUAUUUAAUGCAUUUCUCUAAGAACAACUAUUACAUGUAUUAGCAACGGAAUAUAUUUUACUUACAAGCUACAGUUGAAAUGUCGCCUGUAACCACAAGCACUUAAACUCAAUCUGCACUUGCAUAUUUGUGAUUAAAGGAAUUGUUUUCCCAAAUUACAAAAUAAGUUAGUACACUUGCAUGAUAAGAAAACAACUAUGAGCCAGCCAUCACUAUGAAUAAUAUUCUCUUCUGGUCAAUAGAAACAUCUGAUCAUCUAUCUUUGUAAUUUGCGGAACUAUCCCUUUAAGCCAACUUAAUUAAAAAUAGCUGUACUUAUCAAUAUGCAAUAUGUUUAGCAUGUAAACAUGUUGUGAAGUCAUAUCCUUUGUAAGCAUGUACCCAUCAUUAGUUGUCACCUAGCUUUUCCAAAUGUUCAUGCCGCUGUAUAGCAUACAGUAUUCCUGUAAAGAAAAAUUAAACACAGGUUUAUUGUCAAUAUUCAAAUAAUAUUUUAGAAAUUAAAGUAUUGUUACAUAAGAUGCCAUUGUUUUUUUCUGGAUGUCUCACAGCUGCAACACAUUUUCAGUAAAUAA